AUGGAAGCAGUCUUAGUAUCACAAGAUUCAUCGAACCAAACCACCCAUGUAUGUAUCACCCCACUUGAGAAGAGAGUCCCAGUACUUAAGGCUUCCAGAGAACAACGGAAUUUACAGACUCUUCAACAAUGCCUGUGUAUCUGUCUCCUCUCGGAGUUCGCAGAUAUCACUAUCAAACAGCCUGCGAAGAAAAGUACUGUCACACAACAGUAUAUGCGAAUGAAGUCGAUCGACUUUGGUGAUGGAGAACUCAUCGUCUUAAAGGACUAUCUCAAGAAGAGAUGUAUUGAGCAUAAGAACGACGACAUAGCUCGGGGCGUUCCUGUUAAGACUGCUGUUCGACGAUUCCAGAAUAACAAAAAGAUCGAACUGCUCCACUUGUUAAUAGACUUGUUAAUAGUUAGAGGUGGGUAUGAAUUCGAUUCAAAAUACACCGAAGGAAAGAGCGGUACUAACAAGCAAGAGUUCAUCAAAAGCGUCUUGCGGGAUGAUGUUGUCGUCAUAAGUAAGGAUGUCAUCAUCGAUAGAGCUUUGAAGAUCAACGAAGUCAUUCAAAAAGCUUUAGAAGACUCCAAGAAGGAUUUGGUAAUUAAAAGAGGUGAUCCUAUCAUCAAUUUCGCACUGUUUUAA